AUGGAGGACAAAAUAUCUGAAUUUCUGCAUGUGCCAUCUGAGUCGCUUCGUGGCAUUAAACAUUCAGCUCUGAAAAGGCUAUACAAGAAAAUAGGCGAGUUUGAACGCUCUGAAAAAGAAGUAACGAAGCUUAACGUCUUUGUCGAUGAGAUCAAAUCGCAAUAUUAUACGAGAAUUUCCAAACUUACAAAACUAUUGAAUGAGUCAUCUGAGGAGAAAGUCAUAAAUAGCAAGGUUAUGAACCGUUUGCAGGAUCAGUUGAAAGAAGAACGCUCAAGACAUACGCGGAAAAUUGAUGCGUUAAACAAACAAUUGAAUGCUAGUCACGAAACUAUAAAGAAGCUAGAGGAUGAAGAAGGCGCUAAAGAGGAAGCUUCAAGCUGGCAGGAUGGACUUCGAAAUGAUGAUUCUACAAAGCAUGUCCUGGACAAAGAAAAUAAGCUACUUCAAAGAAAACUGCUGGAGAUGGAAAAUAUAUUACAAGUUUGCAAGUCCAACGCCGUAUCGCUCCAGUUUAAAUAUGAUACUGCAUCACAAGAAAAAGAACUAUGGCUACAAAAUAAAAAGUGGACUGAGGAAAGGUUGUCAUCCUGUAAUCAAAAAGCACUGGUGGACGAAGUUACAAAAACGUCUUACCUACAGAAUCUAGAGGAAAAAUUAAAUCAAACGCAGACUGAAAAUGAAUCCGUUUCUACCUACAAUAAGUUUUUACUAGAUCAAAAUAAAAAAUUAUCUCACUUAGUGGAGGAGAAAUUAUUGGAAAUCAAAAACCUUAAAGAUACCGCAAAUACGGAAAAAUCGGAAUUCUCCAAAGAAAUGACCUUACAAAAAAAAAUGAACGAUUUGUUGCGCUCACAAUUAACAUCAUUUGAAAGAGGCCACUCUUUGAGGCCAAAAGAAAAGGGUGAUGAUAAACUCUGCAAGAAUCCUGAACAUAUCGACGUAGCAGAGGAGUUGAUUGAUGCAAAGUUGAAACUAGAAAAAUCAAAAGAAGAAUGUCAACUGUUAAAAAAUAUAGUUUCAGAUUGUAUCGAAGAAAAUGGAACCACUGUCAAUACCAACACAGCUGCCCCCACCGUAGGUAAGCUAUUUUCUAAUAUCAAAACGCUGAAAAGACAAUUGGUGAAAGAAAGAAGUCAAAAAUUUCAAGUACAAAAUCAAUUGAAAGACUUUGUCUUGGAACUAGAACAUAAAACUCCGGCAUUGGUCUCUUUCAAAGAAAGGACAGAAUUAUUAGAGCAUGAGCUAAAAUGUUCUACGGAACUGCUAGAAACGAUGUCUUUGGCUAAGCGUAAGGAUGAAAAAAAACUAACCUCACUAGAGCAGAAAAUCAACAGUUAUGAAGCAAAUAUUCAUUCACUGGUGAGACAACGGUUGGAUUUGGCCCGUCAAGUAAAAAUUCUUCUUUCAAAUAUAUCAGCGAUACAGACAACAACAUCGCCGUUAUCAAACGAUGAACUCAUGUCAUUGAGGAAGUUAUUGGAAUCAGAAAAUACUGUGAAUGAAAGGGACUCACAAAUCAUCAUCACCGAAAAGCUAGUCGAAUUUAAGAACAUAGAUGAGCUACAAGAAAAAAAUAUGGAGCUCUUGGAUUGCAUUCGUAUUUUGGCUGAUAAAUUAGAAACUAAUGAGGGAGAAGCAGAUAAAACUGUAGCCAAAAUAGAAAACCAAACAAUCAAAGAGGCGAAGGAAGCAAUAAUUGAAAUGGAGAGUAUCAAUUCAAAACUAGCAUUGCGCGUAAAUAUUCUCACGAGAGAACGAGACUCUUACAAAUUGUUAGCCUCAGCCAAUGAUAACAAGACCCAUGCUGACACUGAAGGCAUAACAGAAGCGACUUACGAGAAGAAGAUUAGAGAACUUCAAAGUAAACUUUCAUCCACAAGGGUUGAAAGCUCCGCUAUUAUUCAAAAUUUAAACGGACAGUUAUUGACUUACAAAAAAUCGCAGACCGAUGGGAAAAUAGCCUUGCAAGAGUUUGAAAACUUCAAAGUUUUGGUGGCGGAAAAGGAAGCUAUGUUACAGGAAAGAAUAAAUCACCUGAAAACUCAAUUGGAGAAGCAACGAUUGAGUGCGGCGCCACCCGUACAGGAUUAUAAAUACAGCAAUCUGACUGACUUAUCGCACUCUGAGAACAAAAUUGGAUCUUUGAAGUAUGAGAUUUCCAAUCUAAAGAAAGAAAAUACAGGCUUGAUAGCAAUGAAGGAAUCUUUAACUAGAGACUUGGAAAGAUGUUGCAAAGAAAAAAUGCAGCUACACGUGAAGCUUAGCGAAUCGGAAACAAGUCACAACGAACAAAAUCUCAUAUUUGGAUCUAAAGAAUUGCAGUACAGUACCAGAAUUAAAGUAUUGGAGAAAAAUUUGAAAGAGUUAAAUGUACGAUUGGAGUCAAAGGAGCAAGAAAUAAAGACGCUGCAGUCAUCUAAGAAUUCACAGCUCAAAUGGGCUCAAAACACCAUUGACGAUACAGAAAAGAACUUGAAGUCUGUAUCGGCAGAGCUAUCCAAUAAGGAAACAACAAUUGGAAGACUGUCAUUGGAAAUUGAAAACCUUGGCAAUGAAUUGAGAAUGACCAAGCUCCAGUACAAAUUUUUGAGUAACACUAGUGAUACAAAUACGCUAGAGCCCACUUUAAGGAAAGAGUUAAAACAGACUCAGAUUGAAUUAAAAGAUGCCCAUUCACAGAUCAAAGCUUACGAGGAAAUUAUCUCGACAAAUGAGAAUGUACUCAAAGAAUUAAAUGGCGAACUAAAAAAAGCAAAAGAAGACUGCGAGACCAAGAUCCAAUUGGAGAACAAGGAAAAAGGUGCAAAGGAGGAAGAGUUAUCCCAUCUACGCAAAGAGCUUGAUGAAAUAAGAUGUUUGCAACCGAAGCUAAGAGAAGGUGCCUCAUACCUCGUUCUACAAUCAGAAAAGGUAGGCGAUCAAGCACAAAGGAUCCAAGAAAUGAAAAACAAAAUCGAUAAAAUGGCCGCGAUUAUUGAAGCGUAUCAAAAAGAAGAGAGUUCUCAGUACCAAUCCGAGCUGAAGACAAAUAAGGAUUUAUCAGAAUGGGUCAUGCGUCUUGAAAAAGAGGCCUUUGAUUACCAAACAGAGUUGAAAAAGACGAAAAAGUCUCUGUAUAGUACUCAAGAAUUACUUGACAGACAUGAAAAGAAGUGGAUGGAGGAAAAGGCCGAUUACGAAAGAGAAUUGAUAUCUAAUAUCGAACAAACAGAAUCUUUGCGCGUUGAAAAUUCAGUGUUGAUCGAAAAGAUUGAUGGCGCCACAGAGGGAAGUAAUAGUAAUGAAAAAUAUUUAGAGCUAGUUUCAUUAUUUUCAAAUUUGCGUCACGAAAGAAGUUCCCUAGAAACGAAAUUAACCACUUGUAAAAGAGAUUUAGCUCUUCUCAGACAGAAGAACGCUAGUUUAGAGAAAAGCAUAGGUGACUUACAGCGGGCUAACACUGUACCACGAAAUAAGGUCCAAUGUCCCGCUGUUAUUAUUGAUGAAUAUGAGAAAAUCAUAAAAGAAAUUGCUCAAGUUAACAUUUUAAGGGAGAAUAACGCCAUUUUACAUAAGAGUCUCAAAAAUGUUACCGAAAAGAAUGAGGCAAUUUACAAAGAAUUGAUCAAUAUGCAAGAAGAAAUAUCUCGACUACAGGGUCAUCUUAUUCAAACGAAAGAGCAAGUUUCAAUCAAUGCUAACAAGGUUUUAGCCUAUGAAAGUGAAAUCGAGCAGUGCAAACAGAGGUAUCAGGACUUAUCUCAGCAACAAAAACUCACACACAAAAACGAAACUGAAAAGCUACAUAAUGUGAUUGGAGACUUGGAGGUUAAACUUCUCAACGUCCAAAAUGCAAACGCUGACUUAGAGAAUAAAUUCAAUAGGUUAAAGAAACAAGCACAUGAAAAGUUGGACGCGUCUAAGAAACAACAGACAGCGCUAACUAACGAACUCAAUGAAUUAAAGGAAACCAAAGAUAAAUUGGAAGAGAAUUUACAUAAUGAAGAAUCCAAAGUUGUUGAUCUGGAACUAAAACUUAAGGAACAUGGACUCCAAGUUGGAGAAGUUUCGAAAGAUCACGAUAGUAUCGCUUUUAAACCAUUUGUGGAGGAGAUUGAGUCGCUCAAAAAGGAGCUGCAAGUCUUCAGAAAUGCUAAUGACGCCUCUGACGCAUUUGAGAAGAUAAAAAAUAAUAUGGAGGAAGAAAAAAACAAGAUCAUUGAUGAAAAAACAAAGGAUUUUGAAAAAAAACUGCAAGACGCUGUGAACAAGAGUAAAAGCAAUGAAUCAGAAGUAGAAAAUAGUGAACAUAUAGAGGCGUUAAAGAAAGAAUGGCUCAAAGAAUAUGAAGAGGAAACAGUGAAAAGAAUUAAAGAGGCCGAAGAAAACUUAAAGAAAAGGAUAAGGCUACCAAGCGAAGAAAGAAUACAAAAGAUUAUUUCCAAGCGCAAAGGCGAAUUAGAACAAGAGUUCGAAAGGAAAUUAAAGGAAAAUAACAAAAGCCUGGUAUUCUCUGGUUCGAAUGAAGAGGAGGCUGAAGACGAGCUAUGGAAUAGCCCAUCAAAGGGAAGCUCUGAAAAGCCUUCAGUUGUUACCGACUUGAUAAAACAGAAAAACAUCAAACUCCAGGAACAGCUGAAAAACGUCAAGAAUGCCGUCACGUUUAAUGAUAAACGGCCAAAAAGUGAAAAUAAAGAGAAUAACAUUCCAGAUAGCGCGGCAGCUGAUAACAGGGUUCCUUCGGCUUUCAGUUUUGGCAAGCCUCUAUUCUCCUCAAACACAUCAUCCUUUCAAAGCUUUCACAAUCCAUUCACUCCAUCUGCCGCUAACUUUAGUACAGAUGGUUCACUACCGACAUUCAAUAUUAAAUCUGCAUUUGCAGCCGGUACGGCUGGUAACACCCUUAAAACAUCCGACCCAGCUAACGUCGGAAUCAAUGAGGCAAAAGUAAUGGAAAUUGGAAAUACAUCAAAACGACCAAUUCAGAGUGACACCUCUUCCGAUCCAGAUUCGAAAAAGUUUAAAGAGAGCCCAGAAAAUGACUUAGCUCCCAAGGAUUGA